AUGGAGGUAAAUAUAAUCUCAGAUCUUCGUUACAAGCUCAAUGAUGUUGAAGAAGAGCUACUAAAAGCUGCACAGUAUGGUUUGCAACUAGUGGAGAGUCGAAAUGAAUUGCAGACACAAUUAGAUAAAUGUCGUAAUGAAAUGAUGACCAUUACUGAGAAUUAUGAACAAGAAAAAUAUACUCUUCAGAGAGAAGUUGAGCUCAAGAGUCGAAUGUUAGAAAGUCUGAGCUCUGAAAGUGAAGCUCUUAAACAAGAUAAAAAAAUGCACCUGGAGAAAUUAGAAGAACAACUGAGCCGAAGCCAUAGACAGGAAGUGAAUGAACUAAAAAAUAAGUUAGAAAAACUGAAAGCGGAGUUAGAUGAAGCUAGGCUUAGUGAAAAGCAGCUGAAGCACAAAGUAGAUCAUCAGAAGGGACUCAUAUCUUGUAAAUCAAAGGAAAUGUGGAUAAUGUCUGAAUGUGUAAAUGAAAGCAUGUCUUCAGAGAUGCUGGCUCUUAAAAUUGAGCUGACUGAAAUGGAAAGUAUGAAGACCACCCUCAAAGAAGAAGUGAAUGAACUACAAUACAGACAAGCACAACUAGAACUUAAUUCUAAUUUAAUGUGCCAGGUUGAGCGGCUUAAAGAAGAAAAAGAGGAGCGAGAAAAAGAAGCGGUUUCUUACUGUAAUGCCUUACAGAAAGCUUGUGUAGCAAAUCAAGAUUUUCAAGUGCAAUUAGACCAGGCACUCCAGCAAGCCCUGGACCCCAAUAGUAAAGGCAACUCUUUGUUUGCAGAGGUGGAAGAUCGAAGGGUAGCAAUGGAACGUCAGUUUAUCAGUAUGAAAGUCAAGUAUCAGUCACUAAAGAAGCAAAAUGCAUUUAACAGAGAACAAAUGCAAAGAAUGAAGUUACAAAUCGUCACACUGCUACAAAUGAAAGGGUCUCAAACUGAAUGUGAGCAGCAGGAAUGGUUGUUUGCCAUGUUGGAGCAGAAGAAUGGUGAAAUUAAACAUCUCUCAGGUGAAAUUAGAAACCUGGAGAAAUUUAAGAGUUUAUAUGAAAGUAUGGAAUCGAAGCUUUCAGACAGCUCUGAUGCUCUGAAAGAUAAUACCUAUUACACAGCUUUACUUCAGAUAAAGCUUGACAACUUAAACAAAGAAAAUGAAAGCACUAAAGGUGAAUUGUCCAUACAGAGAAUGAAAGCAUUGUUUGAGAGCCAACAGGUUCUGGAUAUUGAGAGAAAACGUUUUACCAAUGAAAGAUGCCUCCAGCUUUUCCAAAGUGAAAAUAUGAAACUGAGAGCUAAAAUAGAUGAGUUAAAACUGAAGUAUGAACCUGAAGAAAAAAUUGAAGUGCCUGUACUCAAAAAGAGGCGUGAGGUACUGCCUGUGGAUAUCACCACCCCUAACAAUGUAUGUGCCGACAGUGCUGUUGGGGAAGUUUACAGAUUACCACCUCAGAAAGAGGAGGCACAGUCCUGUACUAACAAUUUAGAAGAUGAUAACUUGCAGUUAGUUUCUGUAAGCACACCAGAAGUCAUUCUCUCUCCUCACAAAAAUCUGCCUGUGACUAAUCAAACAACAAAGGAAAAGAAACGUGUGAAACUUAUAGAUGUUCCAGCCACAAGUGAAAGAAGUGGAAACUCUCCCAGGUUAGCUGCUGAAUCAAAGCUUCAAACAGAAGUGAAAGAAGGAAAAGAAACUGCAAGCAAAUUGGAAAAGAAAACUUGGAAGAAAUCACACCCUAUUCUAUACGUGUCCUCUAAAUCAACUCCAGAGACGCAGUGCCCUCAGCAGUAA